AUGUCGCGAGGGACCACACAGCCAGAUCCUGACGAGAUCGUCCCUAUCAGGAGUGCCGAUGGCCACGCAGAUAGAAGCUACAGCACCACAGAAUCUCCUACAGCGGCGUCGGACAGGCGCAAGACCCAGAGCGCAGCAGGAACAAGAGUUUCAGAUCAGAAUGAAGAACGAGCAUCAUGGUUCAAGAAAAUGGCAGAGAGUCUGGCGUUUGCUAGUAUUGGCAUUGCUGUAACUCAGCUCUUCAGACUCAACGUUAGCACUCAGAACCAUUCUCGAAGUCUGAUUGCCACAACGGCUCCUUCCACAUUACCUCUUUCGCCCCUUCUAGGACACGGUCUUCCUGCAGAACUCAUACCACUUCUGCAGCAACUUGCGUCAUCAGCAGUACAAACGAUGCCGGUAGUUGCGCAUGCGGACACUCUGUUAGAUCAGCUGUUAUCUAUGUCUGCACCCAAUCUGAGGUCUAGUAUGCUUGUCGAUGAGCAAGCAUUCGACGAUCAUGCUGCGGCAAGGCUGAGGCGUAUUGGCAAGCCGCUCGGAGCUACGUUCAUUGGUAUCUCUAUUGUCGUGAUCCUUGUGGGCUUUCAUCGGUACUUCGAGGCACAAUACUGGAUAGUUCGUGGUAAAUUCCCAGCCAGUCGCGGCAGCAUUGCCUUUGUUGGACUGAUAGCUGGUGCGUUGAUUGUGGCGAGCUUCGUCGUUGUUCUCGUCGUCGCGCCGAUCAGUUACCAAAAAGCGUAA